GAUGUUUAAUGAAAGAAGAGUCCGUAGGCCUCAAGUUCUUUGUUUUAAUUUAGGAUCUUUAAGAUGGAGAGCACUACUUCAGUGAUUAGGAGAGACACAAGAUGGAAAGAAAGAUUUUACUACUGAUGGGCCCUGGGUGGUACACAAGACAUCUGAAAGCCACACUCAUGGAGGUCAAGGUCAAGGAGUGCAGACAGAGUGUGUGUGCAUGGCAGGGAGAGACUAUGGGACAAUGUCAACAUUGGGAUCCAGGGAGUUAUCCACACAGGUUUUCUGAGAAGAGUUUUAAUUGGUAGGUUUAAAGCAAAAAAAUGUAAGUGUCAAGAGGCUAUGACCAAGAUGUGAUACCGCAACAUAUCUGCACAGUCCAUAUGGGGUAUGAGGGUCAGCAGAGCCAGUCAUAUGUUGUACAUAGCUGUCUAAUAGGGAAGAGGUCACAAGGCCUUGUAUAACACAGAUAUCCGGACUAACUACAUUGAGGAACUGCAGAAGAGUUUUUAAAUUGUGAACUUGAAGAUAACAUUGCUUCUAGACAUGGCAGUUUAUAUCUUCAUACUAACUUGUUGGCUAACACAGCAGGUGACCAGCCAAUUAGUCCUCGACAUGGCCAACAACGCAUUUGAUGAUCAGUAUGAGGGCUGUAUCGAAGCAAUGGAGGAAAAGGCACCCCAGCUGUUAAAAGAAGAGCUAAGCAUGAAUGAAAAAUUUAAGAAUGAAUGGGAAAAUGCUAAGAAAAAAUGGAAGCAAAUAAAGUCCAACAUAAACUAUUCAGAAAAUUUCAAUGAUUUCCAUGGAACUGCUAUAGUGGCCUACACUGGGAAAAUUGCAAAAGAUUUUAACCGAGCUGUAAGAGAAUUCAGACUAAAUUCAAGUGACUUUCAGUACAAGGCCUUCCAUUAUUAUCUGACAAGAGCUCUUCAGCUUCUGAGGACAUCCCAGUGUAACCAAGUUUUUAGAGGCUCUCAUACCAAGUUUUAUUACAGUGGGGCCGGUAGUGUACGAUUUGGGCAAUUCACUUCAUCAUCUUUGAAUAGAAAUGUAGCUGUUUCUCCAAGAUUUCUUGGUGCUGAUGGGACAUUGUUUAUCAUCAGAACCUGUUUGGGUGUUAAUAUCAAAGCAUUCUCUCUCUACCCUCAAGAAGAGGAAGUGUUAAUACCAGGGUAUGAAGUAUAUCAAAAGGUCACAGUAAAACAAACUGGUAAAAAUCACAAUGAAAUUUCCCUCGAAGCUCCCCAAAAACGAAAGAGUAACUUCAAUUGCUUUAAUUCUACUCCAAUUCACAGCAAAUCAGACAUCAAUUUCAACAGUUCAGGCCCUGUGUUCCUGCUGCUGCUGCUACUGCUGCUUGCUGAGCCAUAGCCCUUGGCCUGAAGUUUCUCUUCCUUGACUACAUAUCAGAUUUGUGAGCAGGAUGUUGGAGGAAGGACAAGGAUCAGAGACUUGACUGGGUUCUCCAAUGUCAGCAGUAUUGGGAAGGGUAGGAUCUUUUUUUGUAGUCCGCUUUAGUGCUUGUGUCCCUCACAGAUAUAUGAGGAAAUUACUAAAUCCCACUAUAAAAGUGAGCAUACGGUCUUCAAAUUUACUGCCUGAGAUAAGUUCCUGGUGUCUUGACACUUUGCUAUGGUUACAAAUCAAUAUUUGCAUGCACCGUCAGCAGUGACAAUCUCUUUAAAAUGCAAUUUGUGAUUAAUGUUAUAAUCUAAAGAAAUAAACCAUUCAUAAUCACA